AUGGUCCGCUACAAAGCCCGCUACCUGCUAUUCAACAUCCUGUACCCGCCGAACACCAUGUCGCCCUCGACAUCCACACACAUCGACUUCCUCGCGCCGACGCCCAGCGUUUCGCCCAGCGAGCUUGCGGCGCUGAUACGCGACAGCCUGCUGCGGGAGUUCGGUGACCACGGCGCGGGGAUCGCAGGGAACCUAUCCGUGAAAUACUUCUCCCCCGUCACAUCCACCGGCAUCGUGCGCGUGUCGCGCGAACACGUCCGCCUGGUCUGGGCGGCGCUGACGUAUCUGCCCGAGGUGCGCGGGAAGCGGGUGGUGGUGCGCGUGGUGCACUGCGCGGGGACGAUCAAGAAGGCGGAGCGAAGGGCGGUGGGUAGGGCGGGGAAGGAGGUAGGGGUCGUGUUGGAGGAGAUGGAGGAGAUGGAGGGGCUGGAGGACGGGUGGGAUCAGGAUAUAGAAGAGGAAUAA